AUGACCAUGAAGGAGAUUAAAGAAGAAGACUUUGAUGAUUUUCUCCAAGAGUAUUCAAGGCGACCUCGAGAGGAUGAUUCAACCAGCAAAGAAGAAAUGAGUUCCGCAAUAAAAAUGGAAGAGGAGUCAAAUGUUACAGGAAACAGUCAUGAUGGUAUGAAGUUUACCAGCAAGGUGUCAGAAUCAUCCAAACUGGUUACAAUGAAGAAGGAAAUCAAAGAAGAAGACAUUGAUUAUUUUCUCCGAGAAUAUUUAUGGCAACCACGACAGGAUGAUUCAACCAGCAAAACAACCUGCAAAGAAGAAAUCAGCCCUGCAAUGGACAUUAAAGUGGAAGAGGAGUCCAAUGUUGCAGGAAACAGUCAUGAUGGAAUGAAGUUUACUAGCAAGGUGUCAGAAUCAUCCAAACCGGUUACAAUAAAGCAGGAGAUCAAAGAAGACAUUGAUUUUCUUCAAGAGUAUUUAUGGCAACCACAGCAGGAUGAUUCAACCAGCAGAACAACCUGUAAAGAAGAAAUCAGCCCUGCAAUGGACAUUAAAGAGGAAGAGGAGUCCAAUGCUAUCGGAAACAGUCAUGAUGGAAUGAAGUUAACCAGCAAGGAGUCAGAAUCAUCCCAACUGGUCACAUGCAAGAAGGAGAUCAAAAUAGAGGACUUUGAAGUCUCCUUGCACAGAAUGCAAGAGAAUGAUGAAACCAAAUCAUCUGUCUUUAAGGAAGAAAAUUGUUCAUCUGUGGAUAUUGAAGAGGAAAUUGACUAUAACCUGAUCGAGAAUGGCAACAAUGAUAUGCCCCCUACAAGUGCCCCUGCGGUCAACAUGCAUGCUGGGAGGACACUUCAGUGCACCACAUGUGGAAAGGUGUUUACACAUGCAGAGCAUUUAAGGAGACACCAGAGGCUUCAUACUCAUUCUGGUGAAAAGACUUACCCUUGUAAAACAUGUGGAAAAUAUUUUACUACAAAACACACUCUUCAGGUACACCUGAAAAUUCAUACUGAAGAAAAGCCUUUCCCAUGUACAGCAUGUGGAAAGACUUUUCUACGAAAAGCUGAUCUUCAGAAACACCUGAGGAUUCAUACUGGUGAAAAGCCUUUCUCGUGUACAACAUGUGGAAACUCCUUCAGGCUAAAAAGUGUUCUUCAGGAACACCUGAGAAUGCAUACUGGAGAAAUCCGUUACCAGUGUGCAACAUGUGGAAAGGCUUUCACACAAAAAUGCGAUCUCCAAAACCACCUGAUGAUUCAUACUGGAGAAAGGCCUUUCCUAUGUAAAACAUGUGGAAAGUCCUUCAGAGUGGGAAGCACUUUAAGAAAACACCAGAUGAUUCAUACAGAUGAAAGGCCAAAUACAUGUAUUACAUGUGGUAAGUCCUUCAGAGAAGGAGGCACUUUAAGGAGACACCAGAGGAUUCACACUGAUGAAAAGCCUUACCUUUGUACCACAUGUGGAAGAGCUUUUAGAGUGGCAAGUAAUUUAAGGAGACACCAGAUGAUUCACACUGGUGAAAAGCCUUACGUAUGUGCCACAUGUGGAAAGGCCUUUACACAGGCAGGUAAUUUAAGAAUUCACCAGAGUACCCACAAUGGAGAAAAGUCAAUGUAGUAGAUUGGCCAGCUAUGUAUAAAGAAAAAACAGUUGGCAGGUUUUUUGUAACAUUAUUAGAAUGCUUAACAUAAUGUAUCUAACA